AUGUCUAGUACAGGUGAUCUCAAGAACAACCUUGAAAAGUUGAGGACGCAAUUAAGAAGCAUACACUAUAAUGGAGUAUUUGAUGUUGAGGCUAUUAUCAACGGAAAACCCGAAGUGUUUUUACCUCUAUUGAAUUAUUGUAUUUUACAAUUUAGCAAACCUCUUGCCAAAUAUUUCAUUCAAAAAGGAUAUAUUUUUCAUGAUCUUUCCGAUUCAAAAUUUAUAGAGACAGUAUAUCGAUUAUUACUUAACGAAUUUACAUACACGCCAGGUUUGAGUGUGAUCUACUUCCUCUCGAAUGGUUUUGCCGAAAGGAAAAUCAUUUUUAUAUGUGAUGUCAUUCAACAUUGCAAAAGGAAGCACAACGAACUAGUAAAAGCAAAAAGAAAGAGUUUGUAUGACAAAACGAAGGUCAAAAAACAAGUUCCAUCGAACGAGGAGAUAACAGCAGCAACAACAUCAAUGCAAUGUUCAUCGCAGGUUCCCGACAUUGCUAGAGAACCUAAACAUACUGUAUUGGUGAGAAAGGAACCUAAUCUUGAGCGGCAAGUGUGUAAACAAGAGACACAACAGAGGAUUGCUGAGGAUUCUGAUUGCUCAGAUAUUUCAGAAGACACAAUUUUGAAAAUUUAUGAUGCUAUUAAAGAAAUGGGAGCUCGACUCGGCGAAAGUGUAACAAAACUUGAUGACAAAGUGGACAAAAAUUUAGCAAGCCUUCGUGACAGAGUAUUCCUGAUUGAACGGCGUGUCCAAACACUUGAGGAUAAAUACUCCAAGCCACCUGUUUCAGUCGACGCUAGUCCCAAUGCAUCUCGAGCUGAAAGCAAAGUUCCCAUAUUCCAACGAGUGGAAAAUAGCAAAUCAUCAACAACUCUUAACGUUUCAAGAGACACAGAUGAAUUUAUUAAUCAGCUCGCUCAAAAGCAUAAGGUAAACUUGUAA